GGUGUUGGAGUCGUGCCUGGCCAUGCAGUUGUGGGUGAACAGGGAGUACAGGAGGGGACUGAGCACGCACCACUGGGGAGCUCCAUAUCACAACCAGCAAUAUAACUGAGCAAGCAGAGUUCAUUGUAAUCAAAGGAAAUGGAGAACCACUCCUGGGCAAAGAUACAGUCAUGAAACUGGAGGUUCUGAGAAUAGGUGCUGAUAUCGCAACAGUGACAGGCACCAAGCCCUCACUAAAUCAGCAGUACCUACAAGUGUUCCAGGGAGUUGGAAAACUGAAAACAAAACAGACCUCAGGAAGAAGGUAGGCCAAAAUGUAGAGAAACUUUUGGACAUGGACAUUGUAUAACCUGUUAAUGACCUCACCCCAUGGGUAAACCCAGUGUUCAUUGUACCAAAGGCAAAUGAUGUGAUAAGAAUGUGCUUAGACAUGAGACAAGCAAACCAGGCUAUAAUAUCCCAACAGUAAACGAUUCCAAAGGCAUCGGACUGACAGCAGAGGGAGUGCAGUGAUGCACUCCAGAGACCCAGAGAGAACCUCAGAAGUGAGAAGCUGCCUGCUUGGGAGUGAGAGCACAGCAGGAAAAACACUCACAUGGAUCAGAUGAGUAUGUGAGGAUUGCAGCAGUGAGUGCUACACCCAAAGCACUGACUACCAGAGAGGUAGAGGAAGCCUCAGCCAAAGACCCAGAUCUAAGAGAGGUAAGUAAUGCUAUUACAAGUGGACAUUCUUAGAACUGUAAAGCUUCUGCCUCAAUAGCGAGUGAUUUAUGUGUAGUUGGAUACCUAGUUCUUCGCAGAACAGGCAUCGUGCUGCCAUAGGCAUUACAUGUGCAGGCACUUGCACUAGCUCAUGAAGGACACUUAGGAAUAGUGGGCACAAAGUAGCAUCUCAGAACCAAGGUUUGGUAUCCUGGCAUGGAAAAGGCAGCUGAGAGACAAUGUAAAUCAUGCCACGGUUAUCAGACAGUAGCUAGACCUGACAUACCAGAACCACUGAGCCUUGUGGGAGUAGUAAAGCUGUGGAGAAAGAGGAGGAGCACCUCAUGUAUCCUUUAACAUUGUGGAUCCCAUUUGCCAGAGGUUCGUGUAGUAGUCUACAUAUCCGACCACUACUUCAAGCUAAUAUGUUUUGUGGGUUGUAAUGCUUUCCAAGGCACUCUUUUGGGUAUGACUGUGGGCGCAAGGCAAACCUGCAGUUGUUAGAUGAGCGAACGCUGACCAUCGUUGGUGGAAAACCUGCUUAUCUUCCUGGACAUCUGGACCAAGGAGCAAUGCUACCUCCGCUCCUGCAAUGGGGGAGGUACCACACCACCAUGGUAGUGACACACGAACACACUGGCCCUGGAUAACCUUGAUACACCCUCAUUUUAAACCCAUCUGUCACUGUGUUUCUCUGCAGGCCCACCCCAGUAAGAGAUACUUUGCUGUGGCAGAGAAGGGAGACCAGCCCAACAUCGUCCCUCACUACAACUCUACCGCAUUCUCAGAGGGCACCCUGCUGGCCAGUGUGGGCAGUGCUCCGGACUACAUGCUAACACUGUGGGAGUGGAGGCAUGAACAGGCGAUGCUGUGUUGCAAGGCCUUCGUUCUCACAGGACGUCUAAGGGUCACCUUCUCACCUGACAACGCCGGGCAACUCACCACCUCCGGAUCAGGACACAUGAAGUGAACCCUAGAGGAGGGACUGGUGGUGGUGGGCUUUCAGGACGGAGUGGUCUGUCUGCUGGAGCUCUACAACCCCCAGAUCUUAUGGGUGGUUGCCGAACGCAGUCGCUAUGGAGAAGCUGAGCUCCUUCUCAAACAGGCCUUCAUACCCCACAAUGCACCUGUGACGGCCAUUGCGUACGAACCCAACGGAGAGAUCCUGGCAACUGGGUAUUCGGACUAGCGAGUGCCACAGACUGUUGACCAAUGUGAAAUCAAUCAUUAGCUCCCAUCUAUAGACAAUCCACUUGUAGAUCAAAAACCAAGUGGAUGGGUAUAAUAACUGUGGUGUAUUGAUAAAUGUAUUAUGUGUUAAUGAGUUUAGAUUUAAAAUGGUUGCAAAUAGCUAAUGGGAUUUGUAUGUAGGGGUUCAGUUAUUUGAAUUAACAAAUGACAAUGGGGUUUCUGUUCUUGCAUUGAAGUGAUUGGAUUACGAGAUGCAAGGGCGGUAAAAGUUCGAUGUAUGGAAGAGUUGGGCUGAAGAUACUGUAGAGAGUAGUCGACUGUAAUGUGUUAAGGAGAACAUGAAAUAAAUCUGUUCCGGUUAUUAUAA